AUGCCCAUCUCCUUCUCUGCAGACCAGCUCUACAAUGAGACUGUGGCAAAGGCCUUCCUGCAGUUUUACGACCGAACAGCCCAGGUUGUAUGGAACCAGUUCAUGGAGGCCGCCUGGAACUAUGUCACCAACAUCACAAAGAAAAAUCAAGAGGAGAUGCUGUACAAGGACGUGGAGAAGUCCCAGCACACGCUGUACUUUGGCACGCGGGCCCGCCUGUUUAAGGUCGCCAACUUCCAGGACUCGGAUGUGAAGCGCAUGCUGAGUAAGCUGCUGAACGUAGACAAGGCGGCCCUGCCCAAGGAGGAGCUCCGGGAGUACAACGAGAUUCUGGCCUACAUGGAGACCACGUACAGCAUGGCCCAGGUCUGCCUGAAUGAGGGGCCCUGCCUGCCCCUGGAGCCUGACCUCGAAGAAGUCAUGGCCACCUCCCGAGACCAGAAGGAGCUGCUGUGGGCCUGGCAGGGCUGGCGGGAUGCUGUGGGUCGCCAGCUCCGCAUGACCUUUGAGCGCUACGUGCAGCUCAGCAACAAGGCUGCGAAGCUCAAUGGUUACCAAGACAUGGGGGCCUUGUGGCGGUCCACGUACGAGUCCGACUCGCUGCAGGAAGACCUGGAGCAGCUGUUCCAGGAGCUGCAGCCGCUCUACCUGAACCUGCACGCCUACGUGCGCAGGGCCCUCUACCGCUUCUAUGGGCCCGAGCUCAUCGACCUGAGGGGGCCCAUCCCCGCCCACAUCCUGGGGAACAUGUGGGCUCAGUCCUGGGUCAACAUCUUAGACCUGGCACUGCCCUUCCCGGAGAAGCCCCCUGAGGACAUCACGAAGAUCAUGCAAGGCCAGCACUGGAAGCCCGAGAAAAUGUUCCAAGAGGCUGAAAAAUUCUUCACCUCCAUGGGGCUGCUUUCCACCCCUCCUGAGUUCUGGGAAAACUCCAUGAUGGAAAGGCCAACUGACGGGCGGGAGGUGGAGUGCCACGCGUCCGCCUGGGACUUCUACAACGGGAAGGACUUCAGGAUAAAGAAGUGCACCGAAGUGACUAUAGAGGACCUGCUGUCCAUCUUCCACCAGAUGGGCCACAUCCAGUACUUCCUGCAGUACAAGAACCUCUCGGUGAUCUUCCGCGCAGGCGCCAACCCAGCCUUCGAGGAGGCUGUGGGGUCGGUGGUCACCCUCUCAGCCUCCUCCCACAAGCACCUGCUCAACAGAGGCCUGCUCAGCCAACAGCACCAGGACAAAGAGGAGGAGGUCAAUUUCCUGAUGAGCGUUGCCCUGGAGAAGAUCGCCUUCAUCCCCUUCGCUUACCUGAUGGACCUGUUUCGCUGGAAGGUCUUUGAUGGCACCAUCGAGAAAGACGUGUACAACCAGGAGUGGUGGAACCUCAGGUUGAAAUACCAGGGCCUGUGCCCUCCCAUCCCUCGGACGGAGGAGGACUUUGAUCCAGGCGCCAAGUUUCACAUCUCUGCCAGCUUGCCCUACAUACGGUACUUUCUCAGCCUCGUGCUCCAAUUCCAGUUCCAUGAAGCACUCUGCAAGGCCUCAGGCCACAUGGGGCCGCUGCACCGCUGUAACAUCUAUAACUCCAAGGAGGCUGGGAAGCUCCUGGAGGAUGUCCUGAAGCUGGGCUCGAGCAAGCCCUGGCCGGAGGUCCUGGAGAAGAUGACUGGGGAGACCAAGGUGUCUACAAAGGCCCUCAUGACCUACUUCAAGCCCCUGCUGAACUGGCUGGUCACUGAGAAUGUGCGGCAGGGGGAGAUACUGGGCUGGCCAGACUUCAGCUGUUCCUUUGAAGAAAGAGAAACAAGCAGGGCAGCAUUCCUGGGGAUGGAGCUGAACACUGACCAGGUCAAAUCCUGGCAGUGGACGCUGCUGGCUCUGAGCUUUGUCAUGUUACUGGCAGUCGUGCUGCUGGGCCGCAGGCUGUACACCCUGGAAAAAAGCUCACUGACCCAAGACACCAGUACACAAGACACCCGGUCACAGGGCACCCAGUCACAGAGCCCCAGAUCACAGGACGCCAGUGCCAUCAAGCCAGCAUCCAAAACCUACUUUCUGGGCAUAGCCAUGGAGCCCCACCAAGUUGUCAAGAGACAGUGGAUGCUGCUGGGCCUCUGCCUCCUCCUGACGCUGGGCUCCAUUGGCCUCAUCAUUCGGAUUUUCACACAGCACAACAGGAAGCCUCCGUGGAUGAGAGAUGAAUGGGGGAGCUGGGACUAG